GCUUGCGCAAUGCGCGCAAACGAUUCAUCAGUAGUGAAAAAGCGUUGUGUGUUGUACGAACAGAGUUAUCACGGUGAUGCGUGGUAAAAUCGGUGUAUCUGUUGCAUCAAAAACGCGAAUAAUCGUGCACCGUGGUAUUAUGUAGUCACAGAUAUCGGCGUUUGAUCGAAAUUAUGCGGAAUUUUUGUCCGCGAACAUGGUCGAUCACCCGUACCGAAUGAACGGAGAGGUUAAGAACUCGUUUUCCUCCGGCUUCGCCGAGAAGGUGCACCACGACUGGGUGAAAUCGGAGAACCCGGAGACAAUUGUGACGUGCAAGCAAACGAACGAUGUGUUGAUCUUCACGAAUAAGAGUCUCUAUUGCCGUUCGACCAGUAACAAUGUAGUUUUCAGUUGGGACUUUCAGAUCCUGGCGUGCGGUAAACAGUUACAAAGAAUAGUAUUAACGCUGGACCAGAACCGAAGGAAUUUCUCACUAAGAUCUGUUAUGCAUAAUACCACAAGUAUCGGAAUCACCAACGGCCAGGAAUGGUACAAUUCAGAAUUGAAGAAGACAAAUGGGAACGACAAUUUGAUAAAAGAGAUGCAUUACUUUGUCAAAAUUUGCUUUGUUGCCAAUAGAUAUGGCACGUACAGACAGAAUGUCAUUUUUUACUUUGGAGACUAUCCAGUAAUACUCCAAAGGAUCUGCAUGGAUUGUUUGCCAACCAAAGACUUCACCAGGAUUCACGAAGCGACCAAUUACCAGUUCUCACAGAAUCCAAAGACAUGGAAUAACGAAACGACUCAAAUCUGCUGGUUUGAAUCGCCUUUUGUGGCAGCGAAGGAUCCAAAGGCAGACAAACUGUCCAUGAUCUAUCCGUACCCAGAUAGAAGUAACUUUUUCUUGACUCAAGAAUCUCUCACGGAUGAUCGUCUAACGCCAGACAAUUAUAGAGGUCGUCUUCACGAAUUGAUUACUGUGGAGGAGCUGGCUAGACAUGAACAGAUAGCUAGAUAUAACGAGACUUCGUACAUGCGUCUCCUCACUCACUAUGUUUUGACUUCUGCUGGUGAUGGGUCAACCAUUGCCAAAUAUGCGCCACCUGGUGAGCUCUUUGCUCAGCUGCCGCUAAGCCGCAGUAUCUCAGAGGAUACGAAAAGCGGCAGGCUGUUCCUGAGAGGUUGCAAUAAAGUGCUCUUCAAGUGUUUAUCACCAUCCUCGAAAAUAAUAUUCGAGGCGCACAUAGAGGACAAGUGCACGCAGACGGUAUACGUCAGACUGUCGAAAGAAUGUGUGCACAAAUUAAACUUGGUGGCCAACAUGGAUCUGCACGUGCAAGUGCAAUUCUUAUUGAACCGCUUGCCCUUCUGCGAAUGGCACAAAACCGUGGAUAGCUUGCCCGAUAUUGGCCUAGUGUUUCUAAACAAAGUUCAUAUGGAUAUGAAGGAGAGCAGCUUCAUAGAUCUGCUAAGCAGAAACGCUAUCAAUUUCAGAUUUUCUUUGUUGAACGCGGAACAGAAAAGAGCACUGGCGGUAAUAACCGUGUCCACCAAGAUUUCCAUGCCACCGAUCUUGUUACUAGGGCCCUUUGGAACAGGGAAAACGUUCACCAUUGCUCAGGCUUUACGGUUCUUGUUGACAAAGAACUCGGACUAUAAGAUCCUGUUGUGCACGCACAGCAACAGCGCGGCAGAUCUCUAUGUCAAGGAAUUCUUCGACAUUUGGUAUAAAUCUGAAAAGAAUCCGCGACUGAAGCCAGUCAGAAUUUAUUACAAAGGUAGAGCCAGGAACACGGUACACCCAGUGGUUCAGGAGUACAGUCUAAUGAAAGAGAACGGUACGUUUCGCAACCCGACCGAGGAAGACCUGAGGGAUUGCGCUCUGAUCGUGACCACCUUGGCCACGUCUAGCUCCCUCACCAGUUUGAACGUGUCGUUCACGCACAUAGUGAUCGACGAAGCGGCUCAGGCGUUGGAAUGCGAGGUGCUGAUACCUCUGGCACUGGCUACUCCGCAAACUCGUUUAGUCCUCGCCGGUGAUCAGAUGCAACUUGCGCCAGAAAUAUAUAGCGAUCUGGCCAACGAACGGGGCCUGGGUAUAAGUUUAUUGGAAAGGAUCUACGGGAUGUACCCGCAAGCCCAUCCGUGCAGGAUUCACCUGCACCAGAAUUACCGUGCUCACGAGGACAUCAUCAAGUUCAUCUCGGAGAUGUUCUACGAUGGAAUCGUGAAGCCUGCUAACAAAACGUUGGUACAGCAUCCCAUAUUAAAGCCCUUGACCUUUUACGCCGUUCAAGGCGUGGAAAUACAGGACAUCCAUUCGACAGGCUACGCGAACAUGAGCGAGGUGUACGAGCUGGUGAAUCGCGUGCAGGAACUGCGAAACAAUUGGCCGACCGACCGUUGGGGCAUUUAUGGCGAGAAGUCGAUCGGCGUGCUCGUCUAUUACGCGGAGCAGGUGCAGAGGAUCCGCGCGGAGCUGAGGGAGCGCAGGAUGAUGGACGUGUCUGUGGAGAGAGUGCUAAACGUGCAGGGGAAACAGUUCACCGCCGUGUUCAUCAGCACGGUGCGCACCAGGCAUUGCUGUCGAUACUCGGCGGAGAGGAACGUGAAGGACUAUGGUUUCCUGACCAAUCCCAGGCUCCUGAACACGGCCAUGACACGUGCCAAGUGUCUGGUGGCGGUGGUGGGCGAUCCUGUCGCUCUCUUCACUAUCGGCUCCUGCAGGAAACUCUGGCAGGCAUACCUGGAGAUCGCUGAUUUACACGGCAUAGACAGGGAAACGCUGAAGCACCAUCUGAGCCUGGUACCGGAGCUUCCGUUGAUCGCACCGCUGAACCCGUUGGCCAGAGAGUUUAUACCGAGAAGCAACUUCUGCAUGGUGGAGUACGUGCCGGUUCCUAUUAUGUACCCGGUGUUUCAUUAUCCGUAUUACUCCUCGUAGCGCCGGCGGGAAUCCGCGUUGGAAUCGAACGAUUCGGUCGUUGUGCGUCGCCGUUCUUAACCGUUCCGACCUGGCUUUACUAAGUGCUUUACUUUUCUGUUCCUCCUUCUCUUUCUUUUCAUUUCUUUUCUUUUCUCUCUCUCUCUCUCUCUCUCUCUCUCUCUCUCGCUUUCUCUCUCUCAAUUUUGUCACGCCGGAAAAGAAAGUUGCAUUUGUACAAACGAUUGUUAAUUUUUAAGACGACGAUGGCUCCCGUAGUGGCAAUUAACGAACGAAACGAUUGAGAAUUUUGUGAAUUCGGUGCAGCACGGCUGAUAAUAAUUGGGUUGGAAAGGUUGAUAAUCGACGAUGUCUUAUAUAUGUAUAUAUAUAUAUCUCUCUCUGUGUCGGUUUUUGGGAUUACUAAUCCAUUGGAGUGUCUCUCUCUUUCUGUGAAUAGAUUUAAAAGAACUAACUAACUGUUGCUACAUUAGAUUGAAUUUCUGUUCUUGGUCUUAUGAUGUGUCCUCGAAACUCGAUGUCUAUUAUAGAUUGUAUCGUUUCGUUAACGUUUGGCCUCGCCUGUUUCUCAGAGAUGCAUCUGUUUUGGAGACUGUGCAGCUUAUGUUACGACACCACACGUACCGAUCUAUUAUAGAAAUAUAUUUUUUACUAGUCCCACGUAGC